AUGCUCCUGUUAAUAGUUGCGGUUGCAAUUUGUAUUCUACUGUAUCUCUAUCUACAACAACAGAAAGAAUCUUUGAAGACAGCAAAACCAGACGUUCCGAGGAGCGAACCCGUUUCUGCACCUGGUUCAAAAGCUAAAAAGCCAAUGGGGGAUGAGGGAAAGCCAUCAGAAGAUGUCAAAACAGCACAAGAGAUCGUUGAUAAGCCAACCGAAGAUGUUAACACUGCGAAAGUUAUAGAUGAUAAACCCUCGGAAGAUGUGAAGACGGCUAAGUCAAUUCCAGAUGAGCCUACAACUGGAGUCAGUACUGCCCAGCUGGCAUCAGAUGGACCGACAUCUGGAGUUGUUACUGCCCAAGGAAUGCAGGAUAAGCCCACAGAGAAUGUUGCCACCGCAGUCGAGGUUGGAUCUGAUAAGCCUUCUCAGGAUGUCAAAACAGCAAAGGAAGUUGGAGAAGAGUCAAAGGAUUCGUCCAGUACUGAAGGAGGAAGCAAAGAAAAAUCUGGAUCUAAAAGGCAUGAUAAAAAGAAAAAGAAGUCAAAGAAGAACAAAUCAAAGAAGAAGUCGAAAGACAAAAAGAGCAAGAAGAAGCACAAGAAGCCAAAGUCAAAGGAAACUUGA